CCUAGUAAAAUGAAUGAAAUAAACCCUGACUCAACAGAACCUUGCUUGUGUUUUCUGUCGAAAAAAUGAUGACUGUCCUAAUAAAUAUGGAGAAAAGAAAACUAAUGAGAAAUGGAAUCUCACUGUACAUUACUAUUGCUUGUUGAUGUCAAGUGGAAUUUGGCAGAGAGGUAAAGAAGAAGAAGGAGUGUAUGGUUUUCUAAUAGAAGACAUCAGGAAGGAAGUGAAUAGAGCUUCUAAACUGAAAUGUUGUGUUUGCAAGAAAAAUGGUGCUUCAAUUGGAUGCGUUGCACCUCGAUGUAAACGAAGUUAUCAUUUUCCAUGUGGACUUCAGAGAGAAUGUAUUUUCCAGUUUACUGGGAAUUUUGCGUCAUUUUGUUGGAAACAUCGACCUGUUCAAAUAAUUACAUCUAAUAAUUAUCGAGACUCCCUACCAUGCACCAUUUGUUUGGAAUUUAUUGAGCCUAUUCCCAGUUACAGCAUAUUGCGAAGUCCUUGUUGUAAGAAUGCUUGGUUUCAUAGAGACUGUUUACAGGUUCAAGCAAUAAAUGCAGGAGUGUUUUUCUUUAGGUGUACAAUAUGCAAUAACAGUGAUAUCUUCCAGAAAGAGAUGUUGAAAAUGGGAAUUCAUAUUCCUGAAAAAGAUGCAUCCUGGGAAUUAGAGGAAAAUGCUUAUCAAGAGCUUCUUCAGCACUAUGAGCGUUGUGAUGUUCGAAGAUGUCGUUGCAAAGAAGGACGAGACUAUAAUGCACCUAAUAGCAAAUGGGAAAUAAAACGCUGUCAGUGUUGUGGUUCUAGUGGAACACAUUUAGCCUGUUCCUCACUACGAUCAUGGGAACAAAAUUGGGAAUGUUUGGAAUGUCGAAGUAUUAUCUACAAUUCAGAUUUCCAAAAAGCCAAAAAGCAUUCAUUAUCCAACUCUAAUAAUAUGGCAAUUACUGAUUGUUUGUUGGAAGAGUCGUCACCUAAGUUGCCCAGACAGUCACCUGGAACUCAGCGUAAAGAUCUACUGAGGCAAGGAAGCAAGUUUAGAAGAGAUAUUUCAACCAUACUGAUAGAGUUAGGAUUCCAAAUUAAAAAAAUAACUAAAAGAUUAUAUAUCAACAAAACCAAUAUCUGGAAUAGUGCCUUAGAUGGGUUCAAAAACCAAAACUUUAAUCCUUCAUACACAAUCGAAGUAGUCUAUGUUAAUGAAAAUGAUAAUUUUGGAAGAGAACAUCCUGGAUCAAGGCAAGAAUUUCUGAGUCUCUUAAUGCAACAUCUGGAGAACUCUUCAUUGUUUGAAGGGUCCUUGUCAAAGAACUUGUCUCUGAAUUCUCAAGCUCUUAAAGAAAAUCUUUACUAUGAAGCUGGCAAAAUGCUUGCCAUUUCUUUGGUUCAUGGUGGUCCUUCACCUGGUUUCUUUUCUAAAACCUUGUUUAACUGCCUUGUUUAUGGACCAGAAAAUACCCAGCCAAUUUUGGACGAUGUUUCAGACUUUGAUGUGGCACAAAUUAUAAUCAGGAUAAAUACUGCAGCAAACAUGGCUGACUUGAACUCAGUAAUAAAUGAAUGCUAUAACUACCUAGAACUUAUUGGAUGUCUAAGACUUGUAACAACAUUAAAUGAUAAAUAUAUGUUGGCAAAAGACAUACUUUUCUACCAUGUAAUUAAGAGAGUACAAGCACCCUUUGAAAGUUUUAAGCAGGGUCUGAAAACUCUUGGUGUCUUGGAGAAAAUUCAGACUUACCCAGAAGCAUUUUAUAACAUCCUCUGUCAUAAACCUGAGAAUCUUUCUGCAAAAAUUCUUACUGAUCUUUUUACAGUACAUACAUUACCUGAUGUACAAGCUUUGGGGUUUUGGAAGAGUUAUUUACAGAAUGUUGAGGAUGGUAAAUCUGCAACAACAUUGGAAGACAUUCUUAUUUUUGCAACUGGUUGCAGCUCUAUUCCACCUGCUGGAUUUAAACCCGCUCCUUCAAUUGAGUGUCUACAUAUGGAUUUUCCUGUUGGAAACAAAUGUAAUAACUGUUUAGCUUUGCCAAUCACCAGUACAUAUACAAAGUUUCAAGAAAACAUGGACUUCGCCAUAAGAGACACUCUAAGACUAGAAAAGGAAGAAAGUUCUCACUACAUUGAACAUUAAAAUGCUUCUUUGAAGAAAGUGAUGCUUCUUCACAAGCUGCUAUUGAUAACCUUGUUUCUAUUAAUCAUCACUUUUGAAGAAAUUUAUCAUCUUGGCCCAAUAAAAUUUAUGAUAUGAGCAUAAAGGUUUUGGCCAUUUAAACAAAAGUUUUGGUUAAGGCAUUCUAGUAAAAAUUAGUGAUAUUUUUCUAUUAAUAUACAUGCUUCAUAAACUACAAUAUAAAUACUUUAAAAUGUUUGUACAGACUUUAAUCAGGCAUAGUAGCAUGGUACAUAAUAAGAAACUGUUUACUCACUAUUUUUAUAAAUUAGGCUUAUCUAUAGGAUGUCCAGAUCUUUCUAGUUUUAUGCAGCUUUCAAAUAUCCCUUACUUCAAAGCAUUAAAUAGAAAAUCUAGUUAGUAAAAUCUUCUCUUGAAAAUCAGAGGCAUAUAUUCUGGGGUGUGCAUUAUAUGUAUGCUUUUCUGGGAUGGCACUAAAUUAUUAUUGAAAAAAUGUUUUUAGAACAGUGACUUAUAUUAAGAUAACCAAUAAUACAAUUAGAUUAUGCCUAAUGAGAAGUAUUAAGUAAGAAGCAGAAUUGCACAAAUAAUUCUGGAAUCUAUGGACAUUCAGUAGGCUUGAAGACACUUCUAAGGUGGUUAAAAUACCUAAGAAAGUGUAUCUUCUUCAAAGCCUUGGUUUUAAUCAGGACUUUUUUCUGUAUCCUGUGUGGUCUGCAGGAUGUCUGAUUCAUAAUCAUGUUAGGUGUCCAAAUGAUCUCUGUGGAUUAUCAUGUGGUAGACUUGGCUCUUUGACAGUUAUUUAUUAUCAGUACAGUUGUAUGAUAGUUAAGCUGGUACCAUGGCAUUAUGCAGCUAUCUUCUUUGCUCUAAAUGAUAUCUGUUUUUAUAUAAGCAAUGUAUAAAUAAAGUAAAAAAGAAAUACAAAUAGAAUGAAAAACCCCUAACACAGAGAUAAGUGUUUCUGGAUAUUCUUCUGAAAAAAAUGUAAGCUUUUCUAUAAGGUUUUGUUUGGGAGUUUGGUUUUAGUUUCAGUCUUGUUUGUUUGUUUUCUGUUUGGUUUUGGUUUUGAGACAGGAUCUCACUAUGUAGCAUGGGCUGACCGCUCAAACUCAUCACCCUACUUCUCCCUCCCAAGUCCUGGGAUUACAGGUGUGUACCACCAUUGUCUUGGCAGUGAUUUAUUUUUGAACUAUAUUAAUGCUAAUAAAAGCAACAAGAAAUCAUAUAAUAAAUAAUUUGAAGAUAUAUAGUCCCAUAGUUGUGUCCCCAUAUUUGCACUAUUACAAAAGAAAAACUUGGGAAAAUCUAAUGUCCCUAAUCUGUUAUCAACUAUAAAUGAGAUAAAGCCCCAGUUUUACACUAACAAAAUCAUUAUGAUCGGUAAAUUAUUAUAAGAGGUAAAAUGUUUUAACCACAUUUUUCUUGAUACACAAAGCAGGUAGUAACAAUUUGUCAUAUCCUCCCCACGAAAUAGACUUAAAAUAUUGGUAUAUUUAAAGAAAAA